AUGUCGACCUCAGCUGCUGCCUUCAGAGAGGAAGCCGAGCAACGACAGAAGGAGAUGGAAGGCGAGAGUAGCAGAGACUUGGAGCAACACAUUUUGUCCUGGGUUAUUUCGCAAUGCUUCCCUCAUAGCAGACUUGGGCAGGACGGUCACGGGCUCCGGCCGCCGCUUCCGGAGUUCGACAUCGAUGGGCGGAGCCUGCAGAAGUUGGAAGUGUUCCAUCCGGUUCCAUCCACACUUUUCUCGGGCGAGGAGCUUCAGCUGGAGCGCCAGCACCGCAGCUCAGAAGUGGGGUAUCUUCAGGAGCAGCUGGGGCAGGCCAAGGAAGCGGAAGAGAGGGAGAAGGAAAGGAUCAGCAGCUUGUUGAAGGAGGCCAGGGAUCGGUAUCCGAUGCUGGACAAACCAGUGACAAGCGGCUUCAUGUCUCAAGUCGCUGCGCUCAGCUUCGCCCUCGCCGUCGAGGCCGGUCAUGGCUUUGUGGUCCCUGCACGCACCAACGGCCAGGUGACCGCCGAAGCCGCUCCUUUGCAGUCGACGGCAGCUGCGACAGCCCCGGCGAUGGGAGACAGCACGAUGUACGGCACAGCUAUGGUGGCCACUGCAGCUGCGGGAGUCUUGGCAAGGGGCAAGCGUUCAAAGGUGACCAGGAAGGCCUUGCACGGCAUCAAGUUCCCAUACUCCCUGCAGAAAGACACCCAUGCUGACUUGGAAUUCCUGAACGAUGUGGGCUACUUGCCGGAUGGCACGCCCUUGAACAAGGCUGGCAACUGCAUCAACCAUCCGGAGAUCAUUAUGCCUGAUCCACAUACUCCUGGUUCUCCAUUGCCCAGAGCAGAGUUCACCAACUCAAUUGGGUAUCUCCCCGACGGGACGCCGAUGAAUGCUGCUGGAAAUGCCCUGAACCACCCUGAGACCAUGCAGCCAGACAUGCAUGUUGCAGGAUCGCCCUUGCCAGCUUCAGUGUACUCGGCUGAUGUGGGCUACCUGGCUGACUCCCAUGCUCCUGGUUCGCCGUUGCCAAGGGCCAACUUGCACAACUCAAUUGGCUACCUCGUCGAUGGAACGCCCAUGAAUGCAGCUGGCAAUUGCCUGAACCACCCCGAGACCAUGCAGCCAGACAUGCAUGCUCCUGGCUCGCCUUUGCCAGCUUCAGUGUACUCGGCUGAUGUGGGCUACCUGGUGGAUGGCACAGAUUUGGUGACAGCAGGCAACAAUUCCGUCAGGGGUGUUGCUGCAUCCGCCCCAGCAGCAGCAGCUCCACCAGCUGCAGCGCCCCAGGCAGCCCCUCAGCCAGUGGCAGCAGCAUUCGUGGGAUCCUCCACUCAGACAAGCACCACGUUGCGCAAGCCUGCUGGAUUCCUCUACUCCGUCCAGAAGGACGCCUAUGUGGACCUGACCUUUGGCAAUGAUGUGGGCUACUUGCCAGACGGAACUCCAAUGAACUUGGCCGGGAAUUGCAUGAACCACCCUGAGAGCAUCGGUCCUGAUCCUCAUGCUCCUGGAUCCCCACUGCCUCGCGCCCUUUUCGUGAAUGACGUGGGCUACUUGCCUGAUGGCACACCGAUGAAUGCGGCCGGCAAUGCCAUUAACCAUCCUGAGACCAUGGGACCUGAUCCUCAUUCUCCCGGAUCGCCAUUGCCACCCUCAGCCUAUGCUGCAGACAUCGGAUAUCUUGUUGAUGGCACACCUCUCGACAAGGCUGGCAAUAAUGCUGUGCACUAG